AUGGUCUCUAGAUUCUCUCAAUCUUCCGUUACAGUGGUUACCAAUCACCGAUACGACGACGGACGCACCUCCACUUCCGCCGCCUCCAGUCACGACGAUGGUCGUAUGUCCAUCAUCGCCUCGCCGAGGAUUGAAGAGGUCACUAGCAGUACCUAUGGAAAUGUCACGACCAUUACCGUCGUCACUAGCAUGGCAUACUUGCCUCAGACUGUCUUUCUCUGCGAGCUUAGACACGAGCCUACGUCCUUGGGACCUUCCGGUACCGUCCAAGCCCCCAGAUGGCGGCUCAAAGAGCGAAUGAAAACAGGAUGUGUAGCCCUAGUUAUGUGUUUGAACAUUAGUGUUGAUCCCCCAGAUGUUAUAAGGAUAUCUCCAUGCGCAAGAAUGGAAUGCUGGAUAGAUCCAUUUUCCAUGUAUCCCCCAAGAGCUCUUGAGACAAUAGGCCAAAACUUGAGCAUUCAGUACGAGAGAUGGCUGCCAAGGGCUCGAUAUAAGGUGCAAUUGGAUCCUACAAAGGACGAUGUGAUGAAGCUGUGCUUGUCUUGUCGGAAAAAUGCAAGGACUGAGAGAGUUUUGUUUCAUUAUAAUGGCCAUGGUGUGCCCAAACCUACACCUAAUGGUGAAAUCUGGGUUUACAAUAAGAAUUUUACGCAGUACAUUCCCUUGCCAGUCAGCGAGCUUGAUUCCUGGUUGAAGACACCCUCAAUUUACGUUUUUGACUGCUCUGCUGCUAGGGUGAUUGUUAAUGCCUUCACAGAGCUUCAUGAUUCGGGAUCUUCCGGCUCUCCUGGAUCUUUGAAGGACUACAUUCUACUGGCUGCUUGCGAUGUACAUGAAACACUUCCUCAGAGUGUUGAAUUUCCAGCUGACGUUUUUACUUCUUGUCUCACGACACCUAUUAAAAUGGCAUUGAAGUGGUUCCGCAGACGUUCUCUUCUGAAGGAAAUUAUCGAUGAAUCACUUAUUGAUAGAAUUCCAGGUCGCCAAAAUGACCGUAAAACACUGUUAGGAGAGUUAAACUGGAUCUUCACUGCAGUCACGGACACCAUUGCCUGGAAUGUGCUUCCUCGCGAACUUUUCCAAAGAUUAUUCAGACAAGACUUGCUGGUUGCUAGCCUUUUCCGAAAUUUCUUACUUGCUGAGAGGAUAAUGCGGUCUGGGAAUUGUACCCCAAUAUCCCAUCCUAUGCUACCUCCUACGCAUCAGCAUCAUAUGUGGGAUGCAUGGGACAUGGCUGCUGAAAUCUGUCUUUCUCAGCUUCCUCAACUUUUUCUGGACCCAAAUGCGGAAUUUCAGCCAAGUCUUUUUUUUACUGAGCAACUGACAGCUUUUGAGGUCUGGCUUGAUCAUGGAUCUGAGCAUAAGAAGCCACCAGAGCAAUUGGCUAUUGUUCUUCAGGUCUUACUUAGCCAGUGCCAUCGGUUUCGGGCUCUUGUACUUCUUGGAAGAUUUCUUGAUAUGGGUCCAUGGGCUGUGGAUCUGGCGUUAUCCGUUGGAAUAUAUCCUUGCGUAGUGAAGCUGCUACAAACAACUACUAUAGAGCUAAGGCAGAUUCUUGUUUUCAUUUGGACAAAAAUUCUAGCAUUUGAUAAGUCAUGUCAAGUUGAUAUUGUGAAGGACAAAGGCCACAGAUAUUUCAUCAGGUUUUUAGAUAGUUCUGAUGCAUUCCCAGAACAACGUGCUAUGGCUGCGUUUGUUUUGGCUGUUAUUGUCGAUGGCUACAAACAAGGCCAAGAAUCAUGUCUUGAAGCUAAUUUAAUUGGUGUUUGUCUGGGGCACCUCGAAGCUUCCCAAUUAUGUGAUCCACCACCAGAUCCAUUGUUUCUACAAUGGCUCUGUCUUUGUCUUGGAAAGUUGUGGGAAGACUUUUUGGAGGCGCAGAUAAUGGGCAAGCAGGCAAAUGCUUCUGAAAAGUUGAUACCUCUGCUUUCCGAGGCCCAACCAGAGGUCAGGGCUGCUGCUGUUUUUGCCCUUGGUACUUUACUUGAUGUUGGGUUUGACUCUGGUAAAGGUGAUGGUGACGAAGAAUUUGAUGAUGAUGAAAAGAUUAUAGCUGAAGAUAUUGUCAUAAAUAGUCUCUUAGAUGUAGUAUCAGAUGGGAGCGCGCUUGUCCGAGCAGAGGUUGCUGUAGCUCUUGUGCGGUUUGCCUUUGGACACAAACAGCAUCUAAAGUCAGUUGCAGCUACAUAUUGGAAGUCCCAGACAAAUUCUCUGCGAACUUCAUUCCCUUCAAUGGGCAAAUUCCACGACGCUGGGACUUCAAAUAUUGUUUCCUCUCACAUGGGUUCUCUGACUAGAGCUAGCACUGAUAGUCAACCAAUGACACGUGAAGGAAGGAUCUCAAGUAGCCCUCAUGGUUCUUCUUCUGCUCUAAUGCAUGGAUCUCCAGUAUCUGAUGAUUCUUCCUUGCAUUCUGAUUCUGGAAUCAUGCAUGAUGGUCCUAGCAAUGGAGUUGUCCAUAAGCCAAGAACACUGGAUAAUGCUAUAUAUUCGCAGUGCGUUCUAGCUAUGUUUACAUUAGCUAAAGAUCCAUCACCACGUAUUGCAAGCCUUGGGCGGCAUGUGCUAUCUAUUAUUGGGAUUGAACAAGUUGUCACCAAACCAUCCAAGUCCAGUGGCCGACCAGGUGAAGCAGCUUCAGCAUCUCUGACUCCUCUGGCUGGUCUAGCUCGUUCAUCCUCAUGGUUUGAUAUGCAUACAGGUCAUCUGCCGUUAACAUUUAGGACUCCUCCGGUAAGCCCUCCGAGACCAAGCUAUGCAAAUGGAAUGAGGAGAGUUUGUUCACUAGAGUUCCGCCCUCAUCUGAUAUCUUCUCCAGACUCUGGAUUGAGUAAUUCGUUGUCAAGCGCAAGCGGAUCUGAAAGGAGUUUGCUUCCACAAUCAACUAUCUACAAAUGGAGCAGUGGUCACUUUUCUAAACCUCUUCUUGGUGGAGCAGAUGCUCAUGAAGAGAUAAUAGCCCAAAGAGAAGAGAGAGAGAAGUUUGCGCUUGACCAAAUUACAAAAUGCCAGCAUUCAUCUAUUAGUGGACUCAACAAUAUUCCAAUUGCCAACUGGGAUACAAAAUUUGAAACGGGAACAAAGACGGCCCUCCUUCACCCUUUUUCUCCUAUUGUUGUUGCUGCCGAUGAGAAUGAACGGAUCAGGGUGUGGAAUUAUGAGGAAGCAACCCUUCUGAAUGGCUUUGACAAUCACGAUUUUCCUGACAAAGGAAUUUCAAAGCUCUGCCUUGUCAAUGAACUUGAUGACUCUCUGCUACUUGUUGCUUCAUGCGAUGGGUCAGUCCGUGUAUGGAAAGACUAUGCAACAAAGGGUAGACAAAAGCUUGUCACAGGGUUUUCUUCACUCCAGGGUCACAAGCCAAGUGCACGUGGCUUGAAUGCUGUUGUAGACUGGCAACAGCAGUCGGGCUACCUGUAUGCUUCUGGGGAAUCGUCAUCAAUCAUGCUUUGGGACCUGGAGAAAGAACAACUCUUCAAAUCUGCGUUAUCUAAAUCAGAGCGCAGCGUCACAGCCCUUUCGGCUUCACAAGUGCAUGGGGGCCAACUCGCUGCUGGAUUCGCAGACGGAUCUGUCAGACUUUAUGAUGUUCGGACACCUGAAUGGCUUGUGUGCGCUACUCGGCCUCAUCAGAGAGUAGAGAAAGUGGUUGGACUCAACUUUCAGCCUGGACUCGAUCCGGCAAAGAUUGUGAGCGCAUCACAAGCAGGUGACAUCCAGUUUCUGGAUCUGAGAAGAUCAAAGGAGACAUACCUGACGAUAGAGGCGCAUAGAGGAUCUCUCACAGCAUUGGGUGUUCAUAGACACGCUCCAAUCAUAGCGAGCGGGUCAGCAAAACAGCUUAUAAAAGUGUUCAGCCUUGAGGGAGAACAACUUGGGAUCAUAAAGUACCACACUUCCUUCAUGGCCCAAAAGAUUGACCCAGUCAGUUGCCUCACCUUUCACCCUUACCAGGUGUUGCUAGCCGCCGGGGCUGCUGGCUCCUUUGUCUCGUUAUACAACCACCACAACACACAAUCACCAAGAUAA